AUGCCUAUUUGUGAAAUCUGUUUUAUAGAUGAUAAACUUGUAAUUUGGUAUUCAUAUUUUAUUAUAAAUAUAGUCCCAAAUGCUCUCGAAAUGUUUGUUCAUUAUGUAGUAAAUAUACAGAUUGCGAUAUUUGUGUCAUAAUUGAAGUGAAAUAUGCAUUUGUAAUAAUUUAAAAUACAUAUUUAGUUAUAUUAAUAACACAAAUCGCAGACUGAAGAAUAAGAAUAUCAAUUAAAAUAAAUUAAUGACAAGAUUGAUACAAUAAAUCAGGAAAUUUCUUUAAUCUAAAGAGCUAGUUCACUUUUAUACAAAAAUGAAAAUAAGAAAAGUGAAUCACUUGAGUUUUAAAUGAGUGAAACAAUCAUUGAUAAAUAACAUGAACUUGAGGAUAUUGAAAAUGAAAUUGAAAACUAAAAAGUAAAGUAGAUUGAUUUUAGUAUGAUUUAAGUUGAAAAUGCCAAUGAAGAAUUAAAUGCUUUAAAAAGUUAAUAAUUAAAAUUAUCCACAUAAAAUAAAGAGUUAGACUUAAAAAUCAAUGAAGCAGAAAAAGAAUAUGAAGUAUUGCAAGAAACUCUGAAUUUAAAGAAAUAGUAAAUAUAUUAGAUUUUAUAAACAUUGAAAAAUAAAACUAGUUUAUUAAGAGGUAGUCAAGAGGAAAAGCAUUAUUCUUAAAGUAAUUUAAGAAUGACUCUUCCUAAUAAGUAGCAAAAGGCUAUUUCAGGAGAAGAAAAAAUACAAAAUCCAGGGUAAUAAAAAAUGAGAUUCUAUAUAGAUUAUGUGCUGGGUAGUGUGUUAUAUAAUGA